UAUAAUAUUAAAAUUACGCAUUUCUUAUGCACGAACAUGCAUGCUCAUAAUUAUACGCUCAAUUUCAUGCACACUUUAUUCCGGAAGAUUAAAGAAAUAGUUGACGAUUUCGUAACUUGAAACAAGUAGAGCAAAAAGGUAAUGAGAGCAUGUAAAAUGUUAUAAGAACGUUGGCGAGGUAAAGAAAUACGAAGACUGACUUUUUCCUUACGCGAAUGAAUUGACACGUUAAUCUGGAAGAAUGUUGAAAACUUGUACACUAAUUGGAUUAGUCAAUAUUAUCGUACGUCGAACUUACGCAGAAAAUAGUUUAGAAGUUCGUGAAGCUUAUCCGGUCCUCCCUAGGACGACGGAAUGUUGUCAAGCGUCCACCGAGGUUGAAACUCGGAAUUAUUACGACGGGUACAGAGGAACUGCUGUUACUCCGUAUUAUUCUUCAGGAUUUGAUCCUUUGAGUAUUAUGGCAUCUCUAGCUUUUCUAGCGUUUCUAUUCCAAUCAUUGGUGUCGUUAUUCGAUCGUUCAAGAUCUAUCAGACCCGUUAUGUCGCGUCAAUUUACGGAGCUUAAAACGUUAACAGAAAUACUUGACGCACUGGACAAACAUGAAAGAAGCCGUAACGGGAAGUUAUCGAACGUGAGACAGACGAGAAGAUAACGUAAUUGUAAGUUACCAAUAAAUACAAGUAGUAUAAAAAUCGUUAUAAAUAGUUCGUUUCGAGAAUUUCGUUUAUGUUACUGAUUAUUGCACAGCAGUACAGAACAUCAAAUAAAUGCCAAUAUGACAAAUAAACCCCUUUAAAAAGUA